CUCUUCAUUGGUCAUUGAUUCUGCCAAAAAGAAACAAAGUCAGUAAAAGGAAGAGAAUAAUAGUUCACACUUCACAGUUCAAACAAAACAAAACAGAAAUAUCUCACUUGCAUAAGCAUUUCUCUCUAUGCAUCAAAGCAUAGAAUAAGGUGAGAAAAGAAGAGAUUGGAGUAUGAUGGGGAUGAAGAAGCUCAAACAAGUGUGGAAUGUGGCAUUAAUUUUGGUGGUGUUGGCAUGUUCAUUGGUUGGUGAAGGUGAAGCUUCAGUGUCCUAUGACCAUAAAGCUAUCACCAUCAAUGGACAAAGAAGGAUACUUCUCUCUGGCUCCAUUCAUUACCCAAGAAGCACUCCUGAGAUGUGGCCAGAUCUUAUACAGAAGGCCAAGGAAGGAGGUUUGGAUGUUAUUCAAACUUAUGUGUUCUGGAAUGGACAUGAGCCUUCACCUGGCAAAUAUUAUUUUGAGGGGAAUUAUGAUUUGGUGAAGUUCAUAAGGCUGGUUCAGCAAGCAGGCCUUUAUGUUCACCUCAGAAUUGGUCCUUAUGUCUGUGCUGAGUGGAAUUUCGGCGGUUUCCCUGUUUGGCUUAAGUACAUACCAGGCAUUAGCUUCAGAACAGACAAUGGGCCAUUUAAGUAUCAAAUGCAAAGAUUUACCACUAAGAUUGUGGAUAUGAUGAAAGCAGAAAGGUUAUUUGAGUCUCAGGGUGGUCCAAUAAUUUUAUCACAGAUUGAAAAUGAAUAUGGACCUAUGGAGUAUGAACUUGGUGCUCAAGGUAAAGCAUACACUGAUUGGGCAGCACAUAUGGCUUUAGGACUUAGAACUGGUGUUCCAUGGGUCAUGUGCAAGCAAGAUGAUGCUCCUGACCCAGUUAUUAACACUUGCAAUGGCUUCUAUUGUGAUUACUUCUCUCCAAAUAAGGCUUACAAACCAAAGAUGUGGACAGAAGCUUGGACUGGAUGGUAUACUGAGUUUGGAGGUCCAGUUCCUCACAGACCUGCUGAGGAUUUGGCAUUUUCUGUUGCAAGGUUCAUACAGAAAGGAGGAUCAUUUGUCAAUUAUUACAUGUAUCAUGGAGGUACAAAUUUCGGUCGAACUGCUGGUGGUCCCUUCAUUGCUACAAGCUAUGAUUAUGAUGCGCCUCUCGAUGAAUACGGAUUGCCUCGGCACCCGAAAUGGGGUCAUCUGAGAGAUUUACACAGGGCAAUUAAACUUUCUGAACCUGCUUUAGUGUCUGCAGAUCCUGUUGUACAAAGGCUUGGAAACUAUGAAGAGGCUCAUGUCUUCAAAUCAAAGUCUGGAGCAUGUUCUGCUUUUCUUGCAAACUAUAAUCCACGAUCCUAUGCAACGGUGUCAUUUGGAAAUUUGCAUUACAACUUGCCUCCUUGGUCUAUAAGCAUUCUUCCUGAUUGCAAGCACACUGUUUAUAACACUGCAAGGGUUGGUGCGCAAAGUGCGCAAAUGAAGAUGACUCGAGUUCCUAUUCAUGGAGGACUCUCUUGGAAAGCAUUUAAUGAUGAGACGACCUCUACCGAUGAUAGUUCCUUCACAGUGACUGGUCUGUUGGAGCAGUUAAAUGUAACAAGGGACUUAUCUGACUACUUGUGGUACUCUACAGAUGUUGUGAUAAAUUCCAACGAAUGGUUUUUAAGGAAUGGAAAGGAUCCUGUUCUUACAGCAAUGUCUGCUGGACAUGCUAUGCAUGUUUUUGUCAAUGGUCAGCUAUCAGGAACUGCUUACGGAAGCUUAGAAUUCCCCAAACUAACAUUUAGCCAGGGUGUGAAGCUCAGAGCUGGUGUUAACAAAAUCUCCAUUCUUAGUGUUGCAGUUGGUCUCCCGAAUGUUGGUCCACAUUUUGAAAGAUGGAAUGCUGGUGUUCUUGGUCCAAUUACAUUAAGUGGUCUCAAUGAAGGGAAGAGGGACUUAACAUGGCAGAAGUGGUCUUACAAGGUUGGUCUUAAAGGUGAAGCAUUGAGUCUUCAUUCACUUACCGGAAGUUCCUCAGUUGAGUGGAUGCAGGGUUUCUUUGUGUCGCGAAGGCAGCCCUUGACUUGGUACAAAACCACUUUUGAUUCUCCGGCAGGGAGCGCGCCAUUGGCUUUAGACAUGGCAAGCAUGGGCAAAGGACAAAUCUGGAUAAACGGACAGAGUCUUGGCCGGUACUGGCCUGCUUACAAAGCAUCCGGUUCGUGUGGAUCCUGUGACUAUGCUGGUACUUAUAAUGAGAAGAAAUGUUUAAGUAACUGCGGCGAGCCUUCUCAAAGAUGGUAUCAUGUUCCUCAUUCUUGGCUGAAACCAGCUGGGAAUUUAUUGGUUGUGUUUGAGGAAAUGGGUGGAGACCCCAAUGGGAUAUUUUUGGUUAGAAGGGAUAUAGAUAGUGUGUGUGCUGAUAUUUAUGAGUGGCAGCCAAAUCUUGUAAGUUAUCAGAUGGAAUCUUCUGGAAAAGUUAGCAAACCUGUGAGGCCAAAAGCACAUUUGUCAUGUGGUCCUGGACAGAAGAUCUCAUCCAUCAAGUUCGCUAGCUUCGGCACUCCGGUUGGCUCGUGUGGAAACUACCGUGAAGGAAGCUGCCAUGCCCAUAAGUCCUAUGAUGCCUUCCAAAAGAGUUGUAUUGGCCAAAAUUCAUGUGCAGUAACAGUGGCACCUGAACUUUUUGGAGGAGAUCCAUGUCCAAAUGUCAUGAAGAAACUUUCAGUAGAAGCCAUUUGCACCUAAUCAAUUUCCAACCUCAGAAAACAAAUGUAGAAUAAAAGGGUGGUUCAAGAUUGGAUUUUUUAUCAGCUAUAUUCAAUUCAAGAUUUUAGGUGUGCACUAAUACAACACCACAAGCAUUGAUUUUUGGCUUUUUAUUACCAAAGGUGAAGUUGCAAAAACACAACACACCAUGUGGUUGAUAAAAAAGCCUAAUAGGGAUUGAGAAAAUUGUGGAAUGUGUACAUAUAUAUUGGUGUGUUCAGAUUUGUUACAGAGAAGUGAAGAGUUUGAUUGGAUAAUGCACAUUGAGACGGCAAAGAUUUGAGUCCAUGUGCAAGUUCAAGUUGUUUGUAUUCUGUGGAAGUCACUUGCUUCCAUAGUAAUAUAAUUUUCCAUAUGAAGCUGCAUUGAGAGAAAUUUAAUCUAGAUUUUAGUUAUUUUCUUCCCUGUAAGUGUAAGAUACUUUGCCAACAUGAUAAGAUGAAAUUAUGUUAUGUUUUAUUUCAUUUUAUGUUU